AUGGCAACAAUAUCUCAAUUCUUGAUUAGUAUUUUCAACUCAACCGUGAUUUUCUUCUCAACCCUCUUCCUCGAAUUAGCCGUUUUCGCACUAGACACGGCCAAGACCUCCGCCCGGAAAAAGUCAACGGAGGUCAACCAAUUGCUUGAAAUCGUCGGUCAAUGCUUGCCCGAGCACGAGUAUAAAGUCGAGCUAGGGUUUGAGGUUUAUGAUGAAGAGUGUCGAGUGUGCCUAUCGUGCUUCGAAGAAGGAGAAAAAGUUCGAAAGUUGACGUGUAGACACACGUUCCACAAGGAAUGCAUCGACACGUGGCUACAGCGAGAAUCCGCCACGUGUCCAUUGUGCCGUGCGGUUGUCUUGCCGCCGGAGAUGGUGGCCGGCCGCCGGAAUCUUGAGUACGAUGAUGGUGACGAGGAGGUAAUGGUGUUGUAUGCAUUACAUGGGAAUUUAUUGAGAUUUUUUUUUGUCUAG